AGUUUUGGGCGGACGGUCCAGGCUCCUCCCCACGGCGAAGGGCCGCGCUGGGGAGCCGAGAGGAGCCGGAGGAAGGAGGCUGCACAGGCCGGAAAGCCCGGCGGGGCGCGCCCGGGAUCAGAGUCCGCACCGCCUCUGGCGGCGGGAGGGAUGCGGCCAGCCCGCCGCCUGAGCGCCCGCGAUGGCCCGCGAGGCGGCGGCCUGCGGCGGCGACGCGCGGCUGCAGCUGAGCCGGGACGCGGUGCGGCCGGCCCCCGCCCUGCUGGUCCCCGCCGUGCUGCUGGGCGCCGCGCUCGGCCUGGGCCUCGGCCUCUGGCUGGGCUGCCGCGCCGCCCGCCCGCGUCCGCGGCACCAGAAAGAUGAUGCUCAAAGUCUGCUCAAGAAUUUGGAGUGUAACGUACAGACCCCCUCAGAAACCGGUUCCCCACCCAGGAGGCGGAAGAGAGAAGCGCAGACAUGGAAGGACGAGGAGGCCCUGGACGAACGUGAGCCGUCUUUCAACAGCAAUAUCACAGCAUUUGCACUGAAGGCAAAAGUCGUGUAUCCCAUCAAUCAGAAGUUCCGGCCUCUGGCUGACGGCUCCUCCAACCCAUCUCUGCACGAAAACGUAAAGCAGGCUGCCUUGCCGAACCAGCCAGGGGAGGCGUCCCCCUCCAGCAGCCUGGGGAGCCUGAGUCAGGCCGAGAAGGAGGACGGCAGCUCGGCGUCCAGCGUCCGCUCGGCCACCAGCGACGACAGGUUCCUCGGCCGCUCCUUCCUCGGGGCCAGCAGCUUCCCCGAGGUGCUGAUCCGUGAGGGUGUGGACCUUGACUUGUGUAUCUAUAACCUUCACUUAAAGGAUCUUCUGCAUCUGGACACGGCACUGAGGCAGGAGAAGCACAUGGUAGGUGGUGAGGUGUCCCUCUCCCUGUCACCGGUCAGGAACGGGGAGACAAGGCUUGCUGAGUGCAGCGAGUCCCAGACACCCUCGAGAAAUGGGCAUGGAGCCGUGGGGACCGAGCAGAACAAUGAGCAGCUGCCGUCAGUUUUCUCCCCCUACCUCUCUCUUCUCGUUCUCAUUUCACAGAUGGAAGCUUUCUGGAAACAGAUGGAAAACACCCAGCACCUUCUUGUGGACCAGUUCAAGUGUUCUAGCUCCAAAGCCCGACAGCUCGUGCUGACGCUCACGGGAAGCAUGAUUUUGGCCGAAGGGCUGUUGCGCGACUCUCAGGAUCUGCAGGCUCUGGACACCCUGGAGAGAACGCUGGGGAGGGUGCACAUGGCAAAAAUGAUGGAAUCUCUGAAGCUGCAAAUCCAGGAGGAGACCAGAUGCCGGCUGGCCGCCAUCUCCCACGGCCUGGAGCUGCUGACCAUCGAAGGGAAGCUCUCCGGGCGGCAGAAGGAGGAGCUAUUGACCGAGCAGCACAAGGCCUUCUGGGCGGAGGCAGAACUCUUUGGCAGGGAGUUUGUCCAGCGAGGCAAAGACCUGGUGAAGGCGUCGCUGGCUCACCAGGCAGAGGAGACGGCAAAGCUCACAUUGGCCCAAGAAACAGAGCAGAGGAGCUUCCUGGCUGAGGCCCAGCUGACUGCCGACCCCGAAGAGUUCCUCCAGGCUUUUCACGAGGUCCUGGAGAGGCACAGGUUGGCCCAGAGUUACCUGGAGGAGGAGGCGAACAUAAGAAGCACCGAGGCCGUGGCUGCGCUCUGCCAGGAGCUGUUCCGUGGCACCGUGGAAACAUUCCAGAAGUUUGUGGAUGUCCUGUUCCUUCAGACGCUCCCGGGUGUGGCCGGCCUCAACGGGACAGAGUGUGAAUACCUGAGGCAGGAAGUCCGAGAGAACACCGCCUGGCAGCUGGGGAAGUCGGAUCGCUUCCGGAAACAGCAGUGGAAACUCUUCCAGGAUCUCCUGGAGCAGGAAAAGCAGGUGUGGAUGGAGGAGCACGCUUUGUCCACCGUGCUGCAGACACACAUCCAGGAAGGCCACGACAGCACCAUCCGCCGAGUCUUGGACCAGCUUGGUGGCCUCAGUGAAGAGUCCACACGGCGCAUCCUGCAGGGGCAUGACCUGCUCCUGCGCUCGGCCCUCCGGAGGCUGGCCCUCCGUGGCAGCGCCGUCACCACCCUGGCCCAGAUGAGGCUGUCGGGGAAGAAGAGCCUUCUCCAGGAGCUGCGUGAGCAGCACGCCCUUGAGCAGGCCCCCUCCCAGUGCCUGGACGAGCAUCAGUGGCAGCUGCUCGGAGCCUUGGAGGCCCGCGUUCUGGAGGAGACCAGCCGGCUGGAGGAGGAGGCUCAGCAGAUGCGUCUGCAGCUUCAGCAGCAGCUCCUGGCCGAGGCUCAGGAGGUCGGGCAGCUUCUGAAGCAGCACACGGAGCAGGCCAUCGGGCAGGCGCUGCUGGGCCACGCACGGAACGUGGCCACCAAGAGCCGGGCCAAGGACAGGGAUGACUUCAAGGGAGAAACGUGGGCCUUCCCUGCCCCCCGGCCGCCUCUGCAGAGGCAGCUGAGCAACGCAGCUAAAACCAGCAUGGCUGAUAGGCGGUGACUUACUCGCUGGGUCAUCCACGAUGACAGACCACAGGGAUGGAAUUAACAGUGGCGUUAGCAGCAUGCGCGU